GCUCCGUAGCGCGUGUGCAGGCUGACGCAGCUCGCGGGCCCUCCUCCUGCUCUGCAGCGGCGUCGGCGGAGUUUUGGGCGUUUGGGAGGGGGCGAAGGAGCGAGAGUCGAGAGAGGGAGGCGGCGGCGGCCGGGAGGAGGAGGAGGAGGAGCAGGCGCCGCCAUGGCCGCCGCUCUCACCGACAUGGCCGACCUGGAGGAGCUCUCCCGCCUGAGCCCUCUGCCCCCUGGCAGCCCCGGGCCGGCGGCGCGGGGCCGGGCGGAACCCCCCGAGGAGGAGGAGGAAGAGGAGGAGGAGGAAGAGGAGGCGGAGGCCGAGGCGGUGGCGGCGCUGCUGUUGAACGGCGGCGGCGGUGGGGGCGGCGGCGGCGGAGUGGGGGGCGGCGAGGCGGAGACGAUGUCGGAGCCGAGCCCCGAGAGCGCCAGCCAGGCCGGGGAGGACGAGGACGAGGAGGAGGACGAAGAGGAGGAGGACGAGAGCAGCAGCAGCGGCGGGGGCGAGGAGGAGAGCAGCGCCGAGAGCCUGGUGGGCAGCAGCGGCGGGAGCAGCAGCGACGAGACGCGCUCGCUGAGCCCCGGCGCCGCCAGCAGCAGCAGCGGGGAUGGGGACGGCAAGGAGGGCCUGGAGGAGCCCAAGGGACCUCGGGGCAGCCAGGGCGGCGGCGGGGGCGGCAGCAGUAGCAGCAGCGUCGUCUCCAGCGGUGGCGACGAGGGCUACGGGACCGGGGGAGGCGGAAGCAGCGCGACCUCGGGGGGCCGGCGAGGCAGCUUGGAGAUAUCGUCGGAUGGGGAACCCCUGAGCCGCAUGGACUCGGAGGACAGCAUAAGCAGUACUAUAAUGGAUGUAGACAGCACAAUUUCCAGUGGGCGUUCAACUCCAGCAAUGAUGAAUGGACAAGGAAGCACUACUUCUUCAAGCAAAAAUAUUGCCUAUAAUUGUUGUUGGGACCAGUGCCAGGCUUGCUUCAACUGUAGUCCAGAUCUGGCAGAUCACAUCCGUUCCAUACAUGUAGAUGGUCAGCGAGGAGGGGUGUUUGUUUGCUUAUGGAAAGGUUGUAAAGUAUAUAACACUCCGUCAACCAGUCAGAGUUGGUUACAGAGGCACAUGCUGACACACAGUGGAGACAAACCUUUCAAGUGUGUUGUUGGGGGCUGCAAUGCCAGCUUUGCUUCUCAGGGAGGGCUAGCUCGCCAUGUACCCACACACUUCAGUCAGCAGAACUCCUCAAAAGUUUCUAGCCAGCCAAAGGCCAAAGAAGAAUCUCCUUCUAAAGCUGGAAUGAACAAAAGAAGGAAAUUAAAGAACAAAAGACGACGCUCAUUACCACGACCGCACGAUUUCUUCGAUGCACAAACACUGGAUGCGAUAAGACAUCGAGCCAUAUGCUUUAACCUCUCAGCUCAUAUAGAAAGUUUAGGGAAGGGACACAGUGUUGUUUUUCAUAGUACUGUAAUAGCUAAGAGAAAAGAAGAUUCUGGAAAGAUAAAACUUUUGCUUCAUUGGAUGCCUGAAGACAUUCUGCCUGAUGUGUGGGUGAAUGAAAGUGAACGACAUCAAUUAAAAACUAAAGUAGUUCAUUUAUCAAAGCUACCCAAAGAUACUGCCUUGCUUUUGGACCCAAACAUAUACAGAACAAUGCCGCAGAAGAGGUUGAAGAGAACUCUGAUAAGAAAAGUGUUCAAUUUGUAUUUAAGCAAACAGUGAACGACAUUUGCAAUCAACUAAAAAUUCGUCUAUCGAAUUAGGGCUGAAAAUUUCUGUUAAAGAGUGUUGCAGUAUGUCUGGUGGCUCCCUUUUCAGGACUAGGGUUUUCUCAUGGAGUACAGUAUGUUAAUAUUUACCUAUAUAACUAAUCUGUUAACGGUUUUUGAAAAACCUCUAUUUCAAAUUAUUUGAAUAAUCCUCCUAUUUUCAUUUUAACCUAUAUAAGACUCUAAUUUUUUUUCUGAGGAAAGCAUUUGGUUUAUGAGUUGUUUUUUCUUAAUGUAAAAAAAAAUUGUAUUUUUUUUUUAAAGUAUCUUCAAACUGAAUCCUUUAUGCACCAAAGUUGGUUUUGAAAAGGAAAAUAAAAUCAUUUUCUUGCUUGGUAAGCAAGAAGCCAUAUGGAUUUUUUUUAACUUAGAGAAAUGGAAAUAUGUGUAACUUGUUAGUAUUGUAUCAAACAAAUGUUGCAUAGAGAUAAUAGAACAUUGCUUGUAAAUAAAUCAGCAGAUUUGUAAUAUAUUUUUAUAUUAUGAAAUGUACUGUAGAUGUUUUUCUAGAGGCAUGAAAGUUAAAUGUAUAUAUUAUGGGUAGAAAUAAUAUUGAAGGAUAUUGUAAUUCACUAGUGCUGCCAGAGGAAUUGUUAAUAAAGCACCUUCUUUAACAAUAAAUGUCUUUUGCAGACUUAAGGGACUAUGUACUACUGUUAAUAUCUAUAAGAACAAAACACAUUGAACAUCCUUCCAGAAAGUCUUUGAGGGAGGACCUAUACCCAUAAUAGAAUUAUGGCACUCAUUUCUGACAGUGACCGUGAAAUCAAUUAUUUCCUUACUGUUGGAAGGACAUAUUGUAAAGUAUGUGGUAUAUGCAGUCAAACUGCAGAAAAUACUCCUGAUUGAGGAGUUUUCACUUUACUACAGUGAUAUAAAAACCAGCAAUUUUUACACUAAAUUUUUUAAAGAAAGAAUAGACAAAAAUGUAGAAUUAAGCCUUUUGUUCCAAAAUGGGAAAGGUUCCAUGAUACAUAAAUCAUUUCUCAUUUACUUUAAAAAAACUUUUAAAAAUAAUAAAAAUUAUGGAAGACUUUAUUCGUUAACAAUGGGGUAAAGAGCUAUAUACAUGGAAUGUGUCAUAAAAUUAAAUGAAGUGCAAAAUAAAAGCACUGCUACUAUAAGACAUUCUGGAAUGGUUGUUUAAUAAGGGUAUUAUCCAUAUGAUCUGUAGCAAAUGUGAUUUUAUUUUUAAAAAGAAAAGCAGUGUGUUUUCUUACUAUUUUUUUUCUUUUGCUUAAGCACUUCAUCAGUUGCUUUAUUCUGUAUCUACAAAGUAAUCUGCAAUCUCCUUUGUUCUUUUUAAAGUUUGAUUUGUUAUAAAAUUGCCAAAUAGUGUUUCAGAUACAUAGUUUGUACCUGUAUUUUUUAUUUUAUUGCCUCAUGUUCUUGUAAGUCAUUCUUAAUUGACCGAUGAUUGUAGACCUUGCCUGAGUAUUUUUUCUAAUAAAACAAAGCAAAUCACAUUUA